CCAGAAGUGGACGGUGAUGCGCAAGAUGGCGCGGCGUCGCUGGGCAUCGUUGUUAGCAAUAGCCUCACGAACACCGGACAGACCAGGAGGAACAUGAGAUUUCUUGAUUGAGUAAGCAAACGAAACCGGUCUCUGCCUUUUCGUUGCUUACCGCCUUGCAUUGAGAAAUCUGCUCCUCCAUUCGUCCCAUUUGUCGGCCAGCAUCCGCCUCGCCACAAGCCCCUCGAUGCGUCUCUGCCUCGCCCUCUCGGCCCGUCUAUCCCUCACGACACCACUCCAAACCCUCAGGCACGUCGUCAGCUGCCCCUGUCGGCGCCUGUCGCGACACUGCUGGGUCACGAAAGCCGUCAGACGGCGCUUUUCGUCCCAUGACGCGGUGUCUUGCAAAGCGGACGGGAAAGGAGAGACACUCGCUGACGGAUAUAAAAUGUAGACAGCGAUGAUCAACCUGGACACACGCACGCAGGACAGGACAAUAGCACGAGGCGUAUCCAGAAGGUAUCCCUGUAUCGACUGACCGUCGCCGCCGUCGUGACUUUUUCGCGUGCGGGGACGCUCAAACGGACCAACACCAACCUGCACAACAACACACGUGCACGCUGGUGAGGUUAUCAGACACAUGUCUGCGUCGACUGACCUACUCGUCUCUCUGCGCGCUGCCUUCGGCGGUCGACGCCUCCGCUCCUUGCCCCUCCUCAUUGCUGUACAGGCGCUUGCCAGCAAAGUGGCCCUCCUCAACAAACUUCACACAACACACAGCAUCCACACAUGUACCUAUCCGAGUAUCCACUCUCCCACAUACCUCAUUCACAGUCUUUUGUCCCUUCUUGGCCCGCCAGAUGCCCGUGAAGGGGUGUUGGCGUCGACCCGGCCUUCCAGGAGGUACGUCAGCUCUUCGUCACCGCUCAAGCGGAAACGGGCUAGCAUCCGCCGCUCAACGUACACAGCCUGCAUGACAUGCACAUCACAUUCACACAGAUGACACCGGCAUACGUAUGAGGAGCACCUACGUGUGGGUCGUCAUCGUCAUCGUCAUUGUCAUUGUCAUCGUCAUUGUCAUCCCCGUUCACCUCCUCCUGGACCUCCUCUUGGCGCAGCCGGACGGCGUUCUCGUAGGCGUUUGAAAGCGCCUUGAAAUCCUCGCUGAUCAGGGACACAUACGCACCCAGCAGUAAGCACCCAUUCCGUGUGUGACACUGUGUGGUGUGUUGCCCAGCUUACGUGCUGCCCCCGGGCUUGUCGGGAUGAACGUGCAGCGCUGCAGGCACAGAAAGACCACACAAGUCAUUUGCACUGGCCACAUGGCGCAGCAGUUAUCCCUUCUACCUCCCUUACCCUCCAGCUUACCCUUCUGUUGAUAUGCCUUUGCUAUGGCGCUGAGGCUCGCCCAUCUAUCCACCCCGAGCACCUCGAACCAGUGCUCCUCCUCUCGACGAUGAUGAGAUACAGUGCUCCUUCUCUUUGUCGUCGUCACCGUCGUCAUCGACUAUUCGGCGCUCGAGAAAGUCAAGCUGGAUGACAAACACAAGACACCCACACAAAUGACCCCCACAUAUUUAUUUUGGAAUAAGUGUUCGUGUGUGUGCGUGUGUGACAUACAGUGAUCUUCCUUUUCCUCGUUGUCGCAUGCGUCCUGUGCGCCCUGGAUUUCCUGGUGCGGUAACUGAAAUGCACUUGGAAAUGCACUUGUUGCCGUAAUGCACUUAUCGCCGUUCUGCAAGAAACAAACACAUACAUGGUAAGAGAAGCAACGUGUGUUGACCCUCAGUAUUUCGAAUGCAUGAAUGGGCCACAAGUCGGUGAGACAUGUGUGGUUUGAUAUUGUGCUCACCGCUGUAUCUGGAGC